AUGUUCCUGCAAGUAGACCAUAAGAACUGCUGUGUGUUCCGGGAUGACUUCAUUGCCAGCGUGUUGCCACCGAUCUUGGUGCUGGAGUUCGUGUUUGGGCUUCUGGGCAAUGGUCUUGCUCUGUGGGUUUUCUGCUUCCACCUCAAGUCCUGGAAAUCCAGCCGGGUUUUCCUGUUCAACUUGGCCGUGGCUGACUUUCUCCUCAUCAUCUGCCUCCCGUUCCUGACAGACAACUACGUGAGGAAAUGGGACUGGAGGUUUGGGGACAUCGCCUGCCGGCUGAUGCUCUUCAUGCUGGCCAUGAACCGUCAGGGCAGCAUCAUCUUCCUGACGGUGGUGGCCGUGGACAGGUAUUUCCGAGUGGUUCAUCCCCACCAUGCUCUAAACAAGAUCUCCAACCGGACGGCAGCCAUCAUCUCCUGCCUCCUGUGGGGUGUCACCAUUGGCCUGACCUGUCACCUCCUCUAUAAAAAUUUGUUGACUCCAAAUGAUGGUGCAUUUUUGUGCAGCAGCUUUAGCAUCUGCAAAAACUUCGGGUGGCACGAUGCCAUGUUCCUUUUGGAGUUCUUUUUGCCCCUGGGCAUCAUCCUGUACUGCUCGGGCAGAAUCAUCUGGAGUCUGCGGCAGAGGCAAAUGGACAGGCACGCAAAGAUCAAGAGAGCCAUUCGCUUCAUCAUGGUGGUCGCCAUUGUCUUUAUCAUCUGCUUCCUGCCCAGUGUGGCCGUGAGGAUAGGCAUUUUCUGGCUCCUGAACACAGUGGGGAUACAGGAAUGUAGACCCUAUCGCUCGAUUGACCUGGCCUUUUUUAUGACCCUCAGCUUCACCUAUAUGAACAGCAUGUUGGACCCCCUGGUGUAUUAUUUCUCCAGUCCAUCUUUUCCCAACUUCUUCUCCACCAUGAUUAACCACUGCCUCAGGAAGAAGUCACCAGGUGAGCCAGAUCAUAACCGCAGCACGAGCCUAGAGCUCACAGAGGACAAGAUCACCACCAGGAACACUCCGGAAGCUUUAAUGUCCAACUCCAGUGAGCCAUGGAACCCCCGUUAACUGAUCCCAUUCUCCUCAAAUAACCCAGCCGAAAAGCAACAUUGUCACCAAAAACCAAGAUCUCUAGAUACAUGA